AUGACAGCUGGGAGCUCAAAUGAAACUGGCAACACCUCCUACACAGAAUUUCUCCUGCUUCCAUUUCCAGGCAUCCAGGGAUCCAGAUACCUCCUUGCCAUUCCUUUCUUCUGCUUAUUCGUUAUAAUUGUCAUGGCGAACUCUGUCCUGAUCUACACCGUGAAGGUAGAAGCCAACCUCCACUCCCCAAUGUACCUGCUCAUCGCUCUACUCUUUGCGGUCAACAUCUGUGGGACUUCAACCGUCCUUCCCAAAAUGCUGCAGAGUGUUGUGUUCCAUGCCAGCCACAUCUCCUUGACCGGCUGCCUUGUGCAAAUGUUCUUCCUCUAUCUUUCCACUGCUCUAGACUGCAAUAUUCUUCUCAUGAUGGCGCUGGACAGGUAUGUUGCCAUUUGCCACCCUCUGCGCUACAUGGACAUCAUGACCACCAGACUCCUGGUUUUGCUAUCCCUGGCAUCUUUCGUUUGCACUCUCUUUGUUGUUGGCCCUGUGGUGAUCUUGGCUUCACGGGUGCGGUUCUGCCGUUCCAACGUCAUCCGCCAUUUUGCCUGUGAGCACAUGGCUCUCAUGAGGUUGUCCUGCAGUGACAUCUCAGUCAACAAGAUGGUGGGGAUGGUCCUGAGAUGCAUUUACAAUAUCAUCAACCUUAGCUUUCUUCUAGCUUCCUAUUGCAAAAUUAUCCAGACAGCUCUGAAGAUCUCAUCUGGCAACGUCCGGCACAAAGCUUUCCAUACCUGUGGCACUCACCUGAUCGUCAUCUUCAUUUGUUACACCUCCCGCCUCUCCUCUUCCAUCGUCUUCCGUAUAGCCAAGUCUGCCUCAGCAGAUGUCCACAAUCUGAUUAGCACCCUCUACCUGCUCUUCCCUUGGGCUGUCUACCCCGUUAUCUAUGGUGUGAGAACCAAAGAAAUCAGGGAUAACCUCCUGAAACUCUUUAGAAGAAAACUUUCUCCCUUUUAA